AUGGAGGAGAAGAACGAUGUCGAUAAGGUUGAUGAAGUUAUGCUACCUGGGUUUCGAUUUCACCCAACUGAUGAGGAGCUAGUUGGUUUCUAUCUCAAGAGGAAGAUUCAACAAAGACCUCUCUCAAUUGAGCUAAUCAAGCAACUUGAUAUCUAUAAAUAUGAUCCUUGGGAUCUACCAAAGUUGGCAACCACAGGUGAGAAAGAAUGGUAUUUCUACUGCCCAAGGGACAGGAAAUAUAGGAACAGUGCAAGACCGAACAGAGUCACAGGAGCUGGGUUUUGGAAAGCCACUGGAACAGAUAGGCCUAUCUACUCAUCUGAAGGUAGUAAGUGCAUUGGUUUGAAGAAGUCCCUUGUGUUCUACAAAGGAAGAGCUGCAAAAGGGAUCAAAACUGACUGGAUGAUGCAUGAGUUUCGGCUACCUUCUCUUACCGACUCGGCCCCAUCCAAGAGGCCCACGGCUAAAACCCUUCCUGCCAAUGACUCAUGGGCAAUUUGCAGGAUAUUCAAGAAAACCAACUCCAUGGCACAGAGAGCUCUUUCUCACUCUUGGGUCUCUCCAUUAACUGAGACCAAUGGAUCUGAUGUAUUAACCCAAGGUGUACACUGCACUCAGUACAGUUCAGAGAAUAUCUCUUGCACUACUGCAGCUGGAUCUGCAAUCCAGUUUUCUUGUAAUAAUGACUUACAACAGUCAUCAUGUACUAGUUUCUCUCCUCUAGAGAUCCCCUCCUACAAACCCAUUAACCAAACAGUCUGUAAAACUUCUAUACUUCCUAUUUCAAAUGGAGAUCUUCCCACAGGUUUCAUGUUUUCUCCACUUGAAAUGCCAGGACCUGCUAAGUGUACAGUUGAUGUUGCUUCCAUGCUUUUCAACUUGUCACCAGCCUUAUUCAUGGAUGUCAGUAAAGCCUCUGAAAGUAUAGAUUUCAAUGGACCACAGCAGCAGUGUAAUGGCCUCUCAAUCAUUCUACCACAGGAGAUGCAAGGGAACAUGGCUACCGGUGUAGAGGAGACAUGCUCAAGGAAGAACUCAAAUGCCUCUCCUACAAUCAAUGAGUGGGGAACUGUUAGAUCCAUUGGAUUCCCAUUUAGCUUACCACCAACUAUGCCCGAUGCCUGGAAGACCAUUUCGCCGUGGGACUCUCCCUCAUGUCCUAGUGAGAUGUCAGCCAACUAUUCCACAAACAAGUGCUAUAACUAAUUAACUUGUUAUACAGUUGAAGUACUUUUUCUUUUAGGUUUCAGUGAGCAAGUGUUGAUUAACAUG